CUUCGCCCUAGCUAAUCCACCCUCAUCCAAGCGAAUCCGGUGCACUCGUUAGCUUAGCUUACUUGGGAGUCCGAGGCCUGAACCUAGCCAGCUCUCCCCGGCAGAACGCUGGGCAUGGCGGCGGCGAGGCAGCUGCUGGUCCACAGGCUCUCCUGUGCUUGCUCCUCAGGUACACUCCUGAAAUCGAACUCGACUGGACGCCUCCCUACUUCCAGCUGCAAGGCCAGAUGCUGGAGCAGCAGUGAUGCCCUCCCCGGUCCGAAGGCAAGGGUGAGGAUGGCCGUUGCCAUCAAACCGCCGCGGCCGCGCGCCGCCGCCGCAGCGGCGGGGAAGGACCGCAUUGUGCGGGCGGGCGACGACGACGACGGGGUCAGCCUCGGCACGGUGAAGCUUCCUGCCAACAUCGACAUCGCUCGGUUCGAGACCCUGCUCUUCCAGUGGGCGAACAGCCUCUGCCAAGGCGCGAACCUGCCGCUCCCGGUGCCUCUGAGGGUGGACAAGGUGGAGGGCGGCGUCCGGCUCGGAUUCAUGGCGGUGGAGGACGGCGCGACGCAGGUGCUGGUCUACAUCGACUGCCUGGUGUCGCCGGCGACGGCGGCCUCUGGGCCGGUGUUCCGAGCGAUCAGGAACGGCCCUAUGAAGGACCAGGAGCCACCUGGGGAGCCCAGGAUCAUGAGAAGCCUACUCCAGGCGCUCCAAAAGUCUAUCCAGAUUGCGCAAGUUUGAGUGACCAUGGCAGACGAUUCAGGCUGCCAUUAUCUUAAUAGCAGUUCUGUGCCCUGCCUUUUUCUAUUUCUCAUGUUGACUUGAAAAACUAAAAACUGAAGAUGUAAAUUCCCCGAGAGAGAUGAAAUGGUACCAGAGUAAAGCGUAUUUCCCUCUUUGCUGAAUCAAGCAUAUUAUC